CGCACCUACUUCUCUAGAUCUUGAUCUAACGCGCGCAGCAGAAGAGCACUCCGUACCUAUCAGCCUGGAAGACGCCGAAGAAUAUUACUCCGUACAUGUGACAGUCAUGUGCCCAGUGCACACAGCGCCACACGCUGCGCGGCCACGCGAUCUGCUCAGCUCAGGACUUACCACUCGCUCACGUAGGCGAGAGCUAAACGUCUUUUAUCUCCCAUUCUCCCAUCUCAUUGUCCAUUAUACUGUUGACCGCACAUUUGAACCCUUACUGAGUCACUAUCUUCCCGGUGCAUCAUAGUAUGCUCGACAGGCAGCCCUAUCAUGGACUUUCGCGCAAGCUUGUGCUUGCAUUUGACGUUGGCACGACGUUUAGUGGGGUGUCCUACUGCAUACUAGACCCUGGGGAGGUUCCAAAGAUUCAAGGAGUAUCGAAGUAUCCUGGGCAGGUCGGGGGAGACACGAAGAUCCCUUCCAUUCUCUACUACGACAAGAACCGCAAGGUUUGCGCGAUUGGUCCCGAGGCUGAUCAAGAACAAAUCGUGGAGAAAGCUGAGGACGAGGGAUGGACUAAAGUCGAGUGGUGGAAAAUGCACCUCCGCCCCAAGCACCUCGCCUCUGCUCACAUUAAGGACAACGACAUCCCGCCUCUGCCCAAGGGAGUCACUGCUGUGCAAGUUCUCGCCGAUUUUAUGGCCUACCUCUUCCGCUGCGCGAAAGCGUACAUCAAGGAACACGAGGCGCAUGGCGCGAGCAUCCUCGCUUCCGUCGCGGAUAGUAUCGACUUCGUGCUCUCGCACCCGAACGGGUGGGAGGGCCCGCAGCAGACGCAGAUCCGCCGAGCGGCAGUGCUCGCAGGCCUAAUUCCAGACUCGGCCGAGGGCCAGAAGCGCAUCACGUUGGUCACGGAAGGGGAGGCGAGUCUUCACUACUGCGUCUCAAACGUGUUUGCUUCGGACGUGUGGGCGAGGGUCCCUAUUGAGAAGUCCGAGGCCCAGGAUGACGAAGAGGACGUUCAGGAUAACGAAGAUAAAGGCGUCAUCAUUGUCGAUGCUGGGGGCGGAACUAUUGAUCUCAGUGCCUACGCGAUGAAAGCAGGCACAAAGUCCGGCAGAGCGUUAUCCUUCGAGGAGAUUGCGCCAACAGAAUGUCGACUUCAAGGGUCUAUCUUCGUGACUAGACGUGCUGUUGGGCUUUUGCAAGAGAAACUCAGGGGUUCGCCCUACGGAGCUCAAGACUUUAUCAAACAAAUGAAGGGCGUCUUCGAUACCACCACCAAGCAUCGGUUCAGAGACGCCAGCGAGCCGUACUACCUAAAGUUUGGAACGGCCAAGGUCAAGGAUAUACAAUACGGUAUUCGUUCAGGACAGCUCAAGCUCGACGGGAAGGAUCUGGCACCGCUCUUCGAUCCUGCUGUAGAAUCGGUCCUCGAGGCCAUCCAACAACAAAAACGGACGUCAACAAAAAGUGUCUCUUUCGUCUUCCUUGUCGGUGGCUUUGCUGCCAACGACUAUCUCUUCAAGCAGCUCCAAGAUUCGCUGGGUUUGAGUGGCAUUUGCUUGAGCCGACCAGACGGACAUAUGAACAAAGCUGUCGCAGACGGGGCGGUGUCUUUCUAUAUUGAUCAUAUAGUGACUUCGCGUACCGCGCGGUUUACUUAUGGUGCAGAGGCAAUCGUUCCGUAUGUUCCCUGGGAUAGCGGACACUUGGCAAGAAGCCACAAGCAGUUCAUGGGCGUCGACGGAGAAAUGUCUCUCGGAGAUGCGUUUAGCUCGAUUCUAUUGAAGGGGGAGCGCGUGUCUGAAACGCAAGAAUUCAGUAGCCCGUACAGCGGCAUAGGCGUAAUCCCAGAAAGUCUUCACGAGACAGAAGUCGAGAUCUUGGCCUAUCGAGGACCGAAGACAAAUCCACAGUGGAUGGAUAAAGAAAAGUAUGCUUUCUCCCCUCUGUGCACGAUCAGGGCGGAUACGUCCGCGGUCGCCCCAACGCCACAUCCACGAAAGGAUCAGCAGCCUGGGAUGUACUGGUCCAUUGAUUACGACGUCGUACUGCUGUUUGGUCUGACCGAACUCCAGGCCCAAAUCAGCUGGAUCGAAGAGGGCGUCGAAAAGAGGAGCCCUGCAACCGUCGUUUACGACGAUGAAGUCGAAAAAUCGGAGUAGUUACCGUGGAUGCAGGUUGCUGUCCUUUUGGUUCGUAUAAGUGUCCCCGUUCACGAUGUCACACCAUAGGAAGGUCUACAAGAACUCAUCCCAUGUUAGUUUCUUCGGCGAAGUCUCUGUAUGAUGACAGACGACAGAUGCAUUCAGAUCGUAUAAGUACUGUGUUUACUUAAAUAAGCGUUGUCAAGUGGACGGCAAAUCGGAAAGUGUUCUGGAUUACUGUGUAAAAGGCAGGUCUUCCCAAC